CCCGGAGAGCCCGCGCGAGCCGCCCCCCCGCCCGGCGCCGCCCCCAGCAGGGAGGAGGCAGCGGCGGCCCCCGCCCGCCCGCGCGCCCGCCCGCCGCCGCCAUGGCCCAGCGGGGGCCCCGGCGCGGCCCCAGCUAGCGGCUCGGUCUGCCGCGCGGCCCGGGGCGCCGGGCCCAGCCACCGCAGGACACUUGUGACCAGUUGCAUGGUGAAAGAGCAUCAGCAAAAAGUGAAAAAAUGGGUGUAAAAACGUUUACUCAUAAUUCCCCUGCUCACAGCCAGGAGAUGCUUGGAAAACUUAACAUGCUUCGCAAUGAUGGACAUUUCUGCGACAUCACCAUUCGCGUACAGGACAAAAUCUUCAGGGCACACAAGGUGGUCUUGGCAGCCUGCAGUGACUUCUUCCGCUCUAAGCUAGUUGGCCAAGCAGAAGAUGACAGCAAGAGUGUAUUAGAUUUGCAUCAUGUGACAGUGACUGGCUUUAUUCCCCUCCUGGAGUAUGCUUACACAGCCACGCUGUCUAUCAACACAGAAAAUAUUAUUGAUGUGUUGGCUGCAGCCAGCUACAUGCAAAUGUUCAGUGUUGCUAGCACAUGCUCAGAAUUCAUGAAGUCGAGUAUUUUAUGGAAUACGCCCAACAGCCAGCAAGACAAGGUGCUAGAUGCAGGACAAGAAAACAGUGCAAACUGCAACUUUACAUCUCGAGAUGGCAGCCUUUCUCCGGUUUCCUCCGAAUGCAGUGUGGUGGAAAGAGCCAUUCCUGUUUGUCGAGAGUCCCGAAGAAAGCGCAAAAGCUACAUAGUCAUGUCUCCUGAAAGUCCACUUAAGUGUAACACACAGACGAACUCCCCCCAAGUGCUCAAUCCUUCAGCUUCCUAUGCAGAGUCCAGAAAUCAACCAGUAGACUCUUCCUUAGCUUUUCCUUGGACUUUUCCUUUUGGAAUUGAUCGAAGGCUUCAGUCUGAGAAGGUGAAACAGGUAGAGAAUUCUAGGACUUUAGAACUGCCUGGUCCAUCUGAAGCAGCCAGAAGAAUUACUGAUUAUGUGACAUGUGAGAGCACAAAGGCCAGUUCACCUCUUGUGAUUGAAGAAGAUGUGCGUGUCAAAGUGGAAAGGUUAAGUGAUGAGGAGGUUCAUGAGGAAGUAUCGCAGCCUGUCAGUGCAUCCCAGAGUUCUCUGAGUGAUCAGCAGACAGUUCCAGGAAGUGAGCAAGUUCAGGAAGAUCUCCUGAUCAGCCCACAGUCUUCCUCUAUAGGUUCAAUAGAUGAAGGGGUUACUGAGGGAUUACCCACUCUCCAAAGUACCUCUGGCACUAAUGCUCAUGCAGAUGAUGAUGAUCGGUUGGAGAACGUUCAGUAUCCCUACCAACUCUACAUUGCCCCUUCUACCAGUAGCACAGAGAGACCCAGCCCAAAUGGCCCGGAUAGACCUUUUCAGUGCCCAACCUGUGGGGUCCGAUUCACCCGCAUUCAGAACUUAAAACAGCAUAUGCUCAUCCACUCAGGCAUUAAACCAUUUCAGUGUGACCGUUGUGGGAAAAAGUUCACCCGAGCUUACUCGCUAAAGAUGCAUCGCCUGAAGCACGAAGGUAAACGCUGUUUCCGGUGCCAGAUAUGUAGUGCCACUUUCACUUCCUUCGGGGAAUAUAAACACCACAUGCGGGUUUCCCGGCAUAUUAUCCGCAAGCCUCGGAUUUACGAGUGCAAAACAUGUGGCGCCAUGUUCACCAACUCUGGAAAUUUAAUCGUUCACCUGAGGAGUCUGAACCAUGAAGCGUCAGAGCUAGCAAACUACUUCCAGAGCAGUGAUUUCCUAGUCCCGGACUACUUAAACCAGGAGCAGGAAGAGACCCUCGGGCAAUAUGAGCUAGGAGAGCAUGGGUUUGAAAGCAACUCCUCUGUCCACAUGCCUGUCAUUUCACAGGUCUCGUCGACUCAGAAUUGCGAAAGCACUUUCCCCUUGGGGUCUUUGGGUGGGUUGGCAGAAAAAGAGGAAGACAUGCCGGAGCAGCCAAAGACUAAUGCCAGUGCCGAGGCAACCAGUGAUGACCCCCCGAAAUCAGAGCUGUCCUCUAUUACUAUUGAAUAAUUCAUGGUUUGGUUUCAUUUUUGUUCUUUGGAAAGUGCCUGUGUUUGGUCCUGUACAUUUUAAUUUAAUUUUUUUAAACAAAAGGAGGGAGAUUUCCCUUUUUACUUUGUAAGCUACACUUCAAACAGAAAACUGCAACAGACGUUACAUUAUUUUUCAUGACUGAAUGAUCAGUUCUGUGAAAAUGUUUAAGACUGAAUGCACAAUAAGGUCCUGUCAGAGCAUCAUAGAAGCUGUGAUGCACUUCUAAAGAAGAAGCAAUCGACUGAAAUCACUUCAACUUCCUUCUUCCACAAUUAGAACAGCUCAUUAAAUUUCUAAUGCUUCUGCAGACCCUCUGGUAAAGGGAGAGAAUCAGAAGACACUUUUAAAAUGACCAGUACAAGCAUGCAUGCUCGCAAGUUAAUUAAUGAGCAGAGUUUUGACUAACUUUAAGUAGAUGUGUUAAUCCUCUGCUUAAAAUAUGGCAUGUCCUGUCUUUGUCCUUACUGUUUUUCAAACUGCUUACUAUAACCCUUUUUUUUGGAAAUCGUAAGCAUUUCUGAAAUAUAACAGUACUGUCCUUUUAAAAAAUGUCUCUUUACAAAAAAAUCUCUGAAUCAGUUCUGACAAAUUGAGUGAUGAUGCCAUGCCAGGUCCUCCCACUUCUGAUAUUCCACUCCGCUCAUUCAAAUAACCUAUCCUGAUUUGCUUAUAUGGGGCGAGGCAUACAGUCAAGGAAAGUAUAAAUCCAUGCAAGCCUGACAAAUCUGUCAUCACUGUAUCUUUCUGUAAAGGAAACCACCUUUAAAAAAAAGAAAACGUGUCCCAGACUAAAAUUCUUAAACCUUGGCCAGACUGCUUGCAGUCCUACUCACUUUCCCCUAUCAUACAUAUCACUAAUCUCCAAAAGCUGGCUAGAGAGAGUUUACAGAAAGGAAAAAACAAGUUGUUCUUCUUUUGUGCAUUAUUGCACACUUUUGUGCUUAUACAUAUGCAUGUAUACUUUCUGGGGUUUUUAUUAGUCUGUUUUGGACAAAACAACCAAUUUAUUCUUUUUAGAGGCCAAGUUUCUAACCCAACAGGGGGUUGUUUAUAAAAACCCUAUAUAACAAUGUUAAAUUGUUCCUGUUCCAAAACAUUUUAAACCUUUGCCAAGUUAGUUUAUUAAAGGCUGUUACUCCAGCUACGUACACAGCUCAAGCAAGCAAUAAAGUGAAAGAUUUGCAAUUUCAUUUUUUCCAGAUUUAGAAAUGGCUGUAAAUUUUGGGUAUGGGAUUUUCAGAGCAGUGAUUCUCAUUUUGUUGCAGGCAGUUUGGGCUAUAGUAAAGCUUAAAAAUUUAAAGGAGGGAUUGUAUAAAUUCUUUGGCUGCUGAUGAAAUUAACUCUCUUUGAUACAUAAACAGCUGUGUUCCACAACCCACAGCAUGCUGAGAGUUUAAGUAUUACCUGACCUUAGUAUUCCAAGGGCAUGUGUCAGACUCCCUUGGUUUUAGAUCUACGUGGUAAACUCAUACCAUGGGUGUGAGUCCCUCUGUCAUGCACACAUUGGAUUGAAAGGAGUUCAAUCCUUGAGGGGGCCAUUUAGGGAUCUGGGGCAAAAAUUGGGGAUUGGUCAUGCUUUGAGCAGGGGGUUGGACUAGAUGACCUCCUGAGGUCCCUUCCAACCCUGAUAUUCUAUGAUUCUAUGAAAGAGAAAAAUAGAGAAAUGUUUUUAAAAAAGGGAGGGAGAGGAGAUGCAGAGCUCAAAUGGCAAGACUGAUUAGUGUGCAAUGACUUCCGCAGUUCUAAUGUAUCUGUAGAACUAUGAAAUAUCUGCUGAUAGCAAAUCAGUGUAAAGCUUGUUGCACAUUGGUAAUAUUUUAAAAGGCUUCAAUGAUAACAUACUUACACAUUUCUAGUGUUUCUUUAAAUAAGUUUUCCCUACCCUGUGUUUAUGUUAAAAAAAAAAAUUAAUAAGAUUCCCAGUUUUUUCCAAAUUACUGAAGCUACCUUUUCCCCCCUGUCUCAUCUGCAGAAAAUGUCACAGCUACAAUUCAUCUUAUAUGUCUAUCUUGGUCUUUUGUAAAGGGCUUGGAGCAGAACAAAUUUUUAUUCAAGAUACUGUACUAUGAAAUAGGCCAGUAUCCAUUGAAGGGACUGGAUCAGAGGACCAGUCCUCUUCCACUUCUGAUUUCUAUAAUUAAGAAUCCAGUGAGUCUGGACAGUGCCUGUUAAAUAUUUCUUCCCUCGCCCCCCAGUAGUUCAGGAUAAAAGUAGGAUCUGGUACUAAACUCUAAUUCAUGAUCCUCUUUCUCUGUUACAGAAGCAUAAGUCUUCCUUGUACAUGACAAUUUUUAGUCAGUCAUAAGUUAAAAAGCACUUAGGUACACACACAAACUCGUACUUCACAGCUGGCCCACUGUGUAUAAUGCACAAUGAAUUAACACAUCACACAUGGAUGGACUUAUUCCUUCUGCCAAAAAAAGAUGGUUUUCACCCAGGACAAGAUCUGUCGUAACACAUAAUUCACUGAUCAUGAGAUGUGCAAAUGCAGAAUACACACACCUAGAAUAACUGAUUUUUAGAUGACUUAAAAUUUUGUAGGAUGGUUAACUGCUGUCUGAAAUGCUGUGGAGAACACAUUAAAACUUGGUAGCUACAAGGACUGUAUUGUAGCUCUAAUCUGUUCUUUGGUUGGUAUUUGUAAUUGUUUCCUGUUAAUAUAUGUAUCCCUUCUCCAUAGAGAGGAGUCCAAAUGAAAUGUAAAUCUUCUUUCAUUUCUCUUUUCCGUGUCUUUCUGGAAGUGCUCAGUUCUUGGGAGUACUAAUGUCCCUCAAAGGAGAGAUUUAAAAUGUUCUAACAUUUUACAUCAAGCUCUAUUGCUGGAUAUCCAGGUUCUAAAGUGAGAUAAAUGUCUAAGUAAACUGAAAGCAGCAAGCCUUAGAUUACACUGGGGAUUAAACCUGAAACAUAACUUCUUUAAAAGAUGUUAUCAGAGGGGUUUGAUUCCUGGACUGCUUUUUCUAAAAAUAGAUACAAGGAAUUAAGUUAUAUUUUGGUUAAAAAGUAAGUUGUUCAGAAUUUCUUUCAAAUAGAGGAGAUUCGGUUUACUGAGGCUGUAGUACCCCUGGCAGCAACUGUUGAAUUGACAGGUGUUCUCCAAAAGUAUUCAGAAAGUGGUUUGAGUGCAUUUUCCUUUUGCAUAAUCUUCUGGUGUACAGAGGACGAUCAGUGCAUUAAGUGGAAAAUCCUUCCUUCCCCCACCUACUUACACUAGAAGAGGGCCCCGACUACCACAGACCAUGGAUGGUUCUGCUAUAUGGCAGGGAGCAAGAUUCAGGGACAUGGAUCUGCAUUCCCUACAUGUUGGACAGUGCCUCAAGGCGGAGGGGAGAGGGUCACCUCUGGCUCCCCUCUCCCCCAUCAGAGAGGGGAAGGAGGAGGAGCAGUUGCUUCAGCUGUGCGCUGGCCGAUUUGGCCAAGUAAUAGUUUCCUUUUGAUGCUUGUGCACACAGCUCCCCAGCGAUGGGGAUACAUUCGCAUUGAAGAGAUUAAACUUCCCCCAGUACUAAUUGGAAUGUCAGUUUUCUGCAACAUAGUUUUAUUAUCACAGGUUAACAUUUUUGUGUCCCUUAUUAGUUUGUCUUUCUCACUACAAUUUGAGUUCAGUUGUCAGGCUAGCAAGUACUGUGGUCAAGUCUCUCAUACUGAGAGUUUAGUUGACUAGAUCUUUGAAAAUGGUUCUGGUUUUCACGAGGCUGAAAGGUGUGAACUUAAACUUUUAAAAAAAGUAAUAGCUGCCAAUGCAGUAAAAUAUAUUUUAUAAAACUAUGGUCCCUAGGUACCUUAUGGUAUAAAAUUUUAUUGUUUUUAAGAUAUGGCUUUAAGUUUUUAUAUGUGGGCUUCCGUCAUUUCUUGGUUGCUGGUUUUCCCCUCCAGUCCAAAGACUUCAGCGCAUGAGAAUUUUGCCAUCCUGUUUUCAGGGCAUACCCUGUAGCAUUUUAUAUGCAAUUUGGAGGGGUAGAGGCUUUGUGCACGCUGCCUGGAUUGGCUGGCAUAGGUAAUAUGCAGAUGUAGGGAGCACCUUCUGUUCCUAGUUCAUUGUGGGCAGAAAAAAGUACUGGUCUCACCAUCAAAUAUAGGGUCGGACUGUGCCUCAACCACAUCAGAGGUCACCAGCAGAACAUAGUUGGUGCAAAAUAUUCAGAGGGAAUAAACCGUAAAACGUGAACUUUUUAAAAAAUACAACAGUAAUUGUUAACGCUCUGGGUUUUUGUUAACUUGGUGCAUGCUACAACAGUCAUUCAGUAUCCUACAGGGCUCGCCGACAGAUCUGGUUGCACUAAAAAAUAAAAAUAAAAAUAAAUCAGUUUCUGGGGCUGCCCUCCUGUAUGGACACCACAGUCUUCCUGAGGGUUGAUAAAGUCCCCAGAGGAGAUUUUUGACCAUUUUGUUUAGCUGAUGCAUGCUUUUGAUAUUCUGACUAUAGCCCUGCCUACAAGAAAGUCCUCAGUGGCUUCCUUGCCCUGCUGUUUCAGUGCCUUGACUCUCUGGGCACUGGCCUUUGAUGGAAUCCUUGAGCGGGGGGAGGGUAAAGCUGGAGGGAAAAUGUGAAUUAAAUUAUCAUUGGGCUUCUUUGUGUGUUUUAGUAACAGUGCAACCCUUUUAACUGUGCCAGUCUCCAGUCACCAGCCGUAUAUCCAGUCGUCAUCUCAUACACAGUACAGCUUCUCUUGUUGACGCUGGUCACCGCUAGAUUACUUGGCAUGUUUAUUGACUUAACAGAAAUGUUUUUUGGUUUUGUUUUUAAUGUAUACGAUGUUUAAAUACACUUCACAUUUUAUAUAAUACUAUCUGGCUAUUAGUAUUUUUCAGGAACCAUAGUUCUUGGUGGCUAUAUAUAUUUUUGUGACUUUUUUGUAAACUAAGUGCCGUUUCAACGUUACAAUCAUUUUUAGAGUUCUUGUAAUCAAUGUGAAUAUCAUGUUUUUUCAAAUCUGUUCUGAGCCUGUAGUGUUUGCUUUGUGAUCAUAUGUGUAAUGUAUAUAUUCUGUAUAGUUACAUUGUACUGAAAUACUAGCUUGUUUGAUAUAAGAAAAGUAUGUAUUGGGUACUUUUUUGCUAGCCUGAUUGUUUAAUCUUUAAAAAAAAUGUUUUAAAAUACAAAAAAAAUAAAAAUCUCCAAACUGGUUCCCUUAUAGAUCAAAAUUAGGGGGGGCAGGAGGAGGAAAAACUAGUUUUGAGUGUCUUUGGAUAGAAACAUGAAGCUAAGAUUUUUCAUUAAAAUAUUAAUGUUUUAUGGAGUA